UCAAUCGUCAUUGACUGUUCAUCGAGUAUGUGAUACAUUCGUAUUUUUUAAAUUGCAUAUUCCUCAUUAGAAAACUGAUAAUAAUGGGUCUCCAAAGAUACUUUUUGGGUACUUUGGUACGUCGUUCUGCUUUAUUUAACUUUCGUAGAAAUAUGGUCGAGGGCCCAGAUUUAUCUAAAUCUCACAGAACAACUAAUUUUGAGAAGAAAAUAUUAGUCUGGACUAAAACUGGAAAUUACAAAAGUGUAGCAGAAGUGCCGGAAUAUGUCGGGCAACAGGUUAUGGAAAAGGGAAGAAAUCGUAUGAGAAUAAGAGUUGCCAAUAUUAUGAUGGCUUUAACAGCUCUAGGCUGUAUUUCCAUGGUAAUCUUAGGAAAAAGAGCUCAUGAAAGAGGGGAAUCAGUUGAAAAAAUGGGUGAAGAUUGGCAUAGGGAAAUCAGACAGAAGAGUUCAUAGUUUCCAAAAGAACCUGCUAUUUAGUAGAUAUAGAUAUAUUCGGCCAAAAGUGUCUGAAUAUUCUACGAAGUUUAAUACUCUGGAUUCUAUAUUGAUUUUAAGAAAUAAAAUGUGUUUUGUUCAUAAUAAUCAUUGAUGAUACAAGUCUUGGUGAUAUAAA